AUCAAUCUGUCCACAUUUGAAAUGGCGCGAGAGGAACAAUGAUGUGUGGCAUUUUCUGACGACUUAUAAUUGCACUUGCGUGCCCAGAAUAUUGAAUAAGAUUAGCUGAGCUGAGGAGAGCAACGAUUAGUUGGUGUUCAUCUCUUCAACCGAAUACAGUCAAAUCAGUAUACUUUGAGCAAUGAAGUGGAGAGAUCCAGAAGACGAGUAUUCCUUGAGACCUAAUCUCAAGAGGGAAGAUGUUAAGAAGAUUCAGGAAUGGAUCUCCAAGCAACCACAUCUUCCCAAAAUAUCAGAACUGGAAACAAUUCUUUUUCUUCAUUCCUGCUACUACAGUUUGGAACAGGCCAAAAAAACCAUAGAUAUUUACUACACAAUCAGGACACAUUCACCAGAAUUCUUUGCCAAAAGAGAUACCAGUGCUAGUGAAAUAUUGGAUAUGAUGGAAAUUCAAUUACAAAUACCAUUACCAGGACUCACCCCAGAAGGAUAUAAAAUUAUUUUUGUUAAUCUAUUGGACUACGUUGCCAGUAAAUAUAAUUUUACAGCGUCCCUGAAGUUAUACUCCUUCGUCAGUGACCUCCACUUGUGGACUGAGGGAACAGCAGAAGGACAUAUUUUGUUAGUUGAUAUGCAGGGCAUGAAUCUUGGUCAUAUAGCACGUUUGGGCCUUAUUCAAAUGAAGAAGUACAUAACAUACCUCCAAGAUGCUCUUCCUUUACGAAUUAAAGGAUUGUACUUCAUAAAUGCUAAUGCUAUCACUGAUAAACUUAUCGUAAUGAUGAAGCCCUUCAUGAACAAGUACCUCACAUCAAUUCUACAGGUAUUCACGACAAUGGAAUCAGUCUACAAAGUUAUUCCUCAGGAGUUAUUCCCCAAGGAGUUAGGUGGACAGAAUAAAGAUUUUGCGCAACUUCAGCAGGAUAUGAAAGAUUCUCUAGCUGCACAUCGUGACUUUUUCCUUGAGCAGGAAAAUACAAGGGAUGUAAAUGAGAGCCUGAGACCUGGGAAGCCCAAAACAGCCAAUGAUCUUUUUGGUAUCGAGGGAAAUUUUAAGAAAUUAGACAUUUCUGCAAUGGAGCCUCCUUCGUUAGACUUGGCUAAAGUGUACGAAAGUAAAAGUCCUCAGCUAAAACGAGAAGAUGUGACGAUUUUGCAAGAGUGGAUCAAUGCUAGGAAAUAUAAUACGACUGUAUUGGAUGAGAUUGAUUUAAUUUCCUUCCUCUGCGAGUGUGAUUAUGACGUUGAAAUGGCCAAGAAACGCAUCACAGGAACAAUUCUAUUUCGCAGUCGAGCAAAAAUUUUCCAGGAUAUCGAUAUGAGAAGUAAAAGUGUUAAAGCCGCCAUGGAGUCCGUACUCGUAUCAAGCCUAAAACUAGAAGAUGACUCUUGCAAAUUGGCAAUCUUCAUAAAAAUUCUACCCAGUGACCCUCAACAAAUAGACAUUGCAAAUGUGAUCAAGGUGAUAUUAAUGUAUAUCUAUUUGUGGUUUCGCGGACUGGAACCACCAGUUGAUCACGUAAUAAUCGUAGAUCUUGAGGUGAUCACUUUGGCACACUUGGAAGCUCUCAAUCUACAGUCAACUCUGCGAGAAUUGUCCUGCUUCUACAAUUACUUCUCAUUGGGCACAUUGAAAACACUACACUUUAUCAACGUAGGAUCAUGGAUUGAUCAGUUGCUUUCAAUCUUGAAAUCUACAAUGGGUCGUGAUUUCAGCGAAAAAAUCUGCGUGCAUACAAACGUAAACAAUCUGCUUGAGUUCAUAUCACUUGAGCAUCUGCCUAAAGAAUUGGGUGGAAAUUUUCUCGCAUUUCAUCAAUUGCAUGAGGCGAUGAAAGAAUUGCUUGGGAAGCAUACCGAUGAAUUAUUGAAGAAGUAUGAGAUUCAAUCGAAUGAAUUUCUCCAUAUUGAUUCAAAAUCUUCAAAAUCAUCUAAUCCCGAAGCUGAUUUAUUUGGUGCUGAUGGAUUUGUGUUUUUGUUGCAAGAUCAAGAGGUGGCUGAACUCAAAAUGAGGUUCAUAUCGCCCGAAGAGGAAUACACAAAACACCGAGAGCUGAAGAGAGAAGAUGUAAGAAAUAUUCUCGAGUGGCUCUGUCGUCAGCCACAUCUACCAAAUAUUACGGAAUCCGAGGCUAUCUUCUUUCUUUAUGCUUGCUACAACAGCAUUGAGCAGACAAAGAAAACCAUCGAUAACUACUAUACCAUAAGAACGCAUACAAUGGACAUUUUUCGCAAUCGCGAUGUCUGCUCCAAGGAAAUGCUGGACAUCUCCAAUGUUAUGCUAUACACACCACUACUUGAUGAUCAUCCCCAAGGGUACAAGAUCAUGUAUUGCCGUCUUAUGGAUCCAGACGUUACGAAAUACAUUCAUGUUGAUGCUGUGAAAUUAUACAAUUUCGUUUUUGACCAUUGGCUGUGGACUGAAGGAACUGCUCCUGGACAUGUGUUAAUUGUGGACAUGGACAGUGCUUGCUUGGGUCAUGCGACAAGGAUGAGUUUGUCAGUGGCAAAGAAAUACCUUCAUUUCCUUCAGGAAGCAAUUCCUGUACGUCUCAAGGGUCUUCAUGUGAUCAAUACGGCAUCGUUUAUUGACAAAAUUUUGGCGCUUAUUCGUCCUUUUGUGAAGAAGGAGCUCAUAAGUCUUGUGCAUUUUCACACAGAUAUGGAAACUGUUUAUCCAUUGAUUCCGCAGAAACUCUUUCCCAAGGAAUUUGGCGGCAAAGCUGACUCAAUACUGGAACUUCACAAGAAAAUGAAGGAAAAACUAUUUGCCAAUCGUGACUUUUUUAUCCAUGAGGAAAAUACACGGCUUGUGAAUGAAAAAUUGCGUCCGAGUGAGAAAAAGAGCACAACAGCGGAUGAGGCUUUUGGAUUCGAGGGCAGUUUUAAACGAUUAAACAUUGACUAGAAUCUCCGGAGGAAAUGGGAGCUAAAACUGGAGCAAAUAAUGUGACACUAUUUACUACGACUGGGAGACAUCAUAUUGAUCCCAAAAAAUCAUGAUCAUCGGCCCAGAACUAAAUUAUUUUUGAAUUAUUGUUUUUAUACAUUUGUACACCUGUAACACAUCUUUUUUGUUAUUACUUUCAAUUAUAUAUAAGCAAUCUGUACGGGACUCUA